CGACAUUUGCUAUGUAAAGCCUGCUUUCAGGGCUUGCUGCAGGGUCUGGGCCGUGUUCCCAGGGCUCACGGGACCGUCCCAGAUGAGCUCAUCUCCUGUCCUGGGUGUAACCGAGUAUAUCUUACCAGGGAUGUAACUGAACAUUUUUCUCUGCAGUGCUUUCCUCCUGAGCAACCCAAAAUGGCCAGGAACUGCUCUGAAUGCAAGGAGAAGAGGGCAGCCCACAUCCUCUGCACCUACUGCAACCGAUGGCUGUGCAGCUCCUGCACGGAGGAGCACCGGCAUGGCCCCGCUCCUGGAGGCCCACUCUUUCCCCGCUCCCAGAAGGGAUCCCCAGGAGUGAAUGGUGGUUCUGGGGACUUCGCCUUGUACUGUCCUCGACAUACGCAGGAAGUGCUUAAGCUGUUCUGUGAGACCUGUGACGUGCUCACAUGCCAUAGCUGCCUAAUGGUGGAACACAAAGAACACAGGUGCAGACACGUUGAAGAAGUUCUACAAAACCAGAGGAUGCUUUUAGAAAGUGUGACUACACAGGUGGCACAUAAGAAAUCCAGCCUGCAGACAUCUGCAAAGCAAAUUGAGGACAGGAUUUUUGAAGUGAAGCAUCAGCACCGGAAGGUAGAAAACCAGAUCAAAAUGGCAAAGAUGGUUCUGAUGAAUGAGCUGAACAAACAGGCCAAUGGACUCAUAGAGGAGCUGGAGGGCAUUACUAAUGAGAGAAAGCGGAAGCUGGAACAGCAGUUACAGAGCAUCAUGGUUCUCAACCGUCAGUUUGAGCAUGUGCAGAAUUUCAUCAAUUGGGCAGUCUGCAGCAAAACCAGCGUCCCUUUCCUUUUCAGCAAAGAACUGAUUGUUUUUCAGAUGCAACGACUGCUGGAGACAAAUUGUAACACAGACCCUGGCUCCCCUUGGAAUAUCAGAUUUACCUGGGAGCCUAACUUCUGGACCAAGCAGCUGGCUUCCCUUGGAUGCAUAACCACGGAAGGUGGACAGCUGUCCCGGAUAGAUGCUCCUGCUUAUGGAGGCUUACAGGGGCCACCAUCCUUUUAUCAAAGUCACCAGUCCCCGGCGGCUCAGCAAGAGGCCCUUAGCCACCCCUCACACAAGUUCCAGCCUCCAGCGCUCUGCUCCUCCUCUGUGUGCUGCUCCCAUUGCUCCCCAGUCUCGCCCUCACUCAAAGGCCAGGUGCCCCCACCCAGCAUCCACCCAGCCCAUAGCUUUCGGCAGUCCUCUGAGAUGGCGCCCCCCCAUCUGGGGUCCCUGCAGUGCUCCACCCUGCCGCCCAGGGAGAAGGAGGUGACCUGCAACCCUCACCCGCCAAAGCUGCUGCAGCCCUGGCUGGAAACCCAGCCCUCAGCGGAGCCGGAGAGCACGUCCCAGCGGCCUGGGCAGCAGCUGACUUCCCAGCCUGUGUGCAUUGUCCCCCCGCAGGACGUCCAGCAAGGAGCCCAUGCCCCGCCCGCAGUGCAGACACCCUCCAUCCAAGUCCAGUUUGGCCACCACCAGAAGCUGAAACUCAGUCACUUUCAGCAGCAGCCACCACCACAGCAGCUGCCCCCUCUGCCGCCUCCACCCCCUCCACCCCCGCUGCAGCCACCCCCAACUCUACCUCCAUCCCAGCACCUGGCUUCUGCUCAGCAUGAGAACACCCCUGGGCCUGCCUGUUCGCAGAACGUGGACAUAAUGCACCACAAGUUUGAGCUGGAGGAGAUGCAGAAGGACUUGGAGCUCCUCCUUCAGGCCCAGCAGCCCAGCCUGCAGCUGAGUCAGACCAAAUCUCCGCAGCAUCUUCAGCAGACCAUUGUGGGGCAGAUCAACUACAUUGUGAGGCAGCCAGCGCCUGUGCAGUCCCAGAGCCAGGAGGAUGCCCUGCAGGUUACAGAUGAGCCUCUGGCCUCAGAGGGCCCAAAGCCUGCUCUCCCUCCUGACAAGAACGCCGCUGCUGUCUUACCCCAGACAUCUGGGGAAGAAACUCCUCACAGUGCCCCUCCAGUGGAUAGCUCCACCCAACACUCCUCUCCGAAUGGGGUGAGAAAGCAUUCCACCUCAGUGAGCAUCAUGGGCUUUUCCAACUCUCUGGAGAUGGAGUUGUCGUCCACCAGGCUGGCGAGGACCCUAGAGCCGCAGGUCCAGAGCGUGAGCAGUCUGGCAGCUGGUGCCCAUCAGGCAGUGCCAAGUGUGCUGAGUGGCCCCCCACACCCUGUGGCCAGCAUUACAAGUAUUCAAACUCACACCAUGCCCAGCCUGACCACCAGUCACCUACAGGCUGUGCCAGGCCUUGUGCGUGGCACCUUCCAGUCCAUGCCCAACCUGAUGAGUGAUUCACCCCAUGUCAUCACGACCCUAGCAAGUGAUCACACUCAGGCUGGGCUGAGUCUCAUAUCUGGUCACAUUCAGGCUGUGCCAAGUCUGGGGACAUGUCCUUUGCAGAACAUGCCCCCAGUAUCUGACAUGCAGCUGGAAACUGGGUCCAGGUCCAGUCCUGGCUGUAGCAGAACUUCUGAGAGCCUGUGCCCCAAGGAUGGGGCCGAUUCCUCCCUGGAGAACUCCCUAUGUAAGAUGGAAAGUGAAGAUUCCACUCGCAUCAUUGACGCAGUGCGACAAGGCCCCACAGUCCCUGGCUUGGAUGCUCCAAAGGACUUGGGUAUUUCCUCAGAACUAGAAGAGCCAAUUAAUCUUUCUGUGAAAAAACCUCUACCAGCACCAGUGGUCAGCGCCCCUACAGCUCUGCAGCAGUAUCGGAACCCAAAAGAGUAUGAGAACUUUGAUCAAGGAGUCCUAGAAUUGGAUACAAAGGAAAACCAGAGCAUCGGGACCUUCAGUAGUGAUCCCAAGAUCCCCUAUGUGCGACUGGAGCGACUUAAGAUCUGUGCUGCCUCCUCGGGAGAGAUGCCUGUGUUCAAGCUGAAGCCCCAGAAGAACGAUCAGGAUGGGAGCUUCUUGCUGGUCAUUGAGUGUGGGACUGAGUCCUCCAGCAUGACCAUUAAGGUCAGCCAGGAUAAUGUGCCUGAUGCCAUCCAGGCCCCAGGUCUCGGGGGAAGAAAGGUUACUGUCACUUCUCUGGCUGGGCAGCGGCCACCAGAGGUGGAAGGUGCAUCUCCUGAAGAACACAAGCUCAUUCCUCGAACUCCUGGAGCCAAGAAAGGUCCCCCAGUCCCGAUAGAGAAUGAGGACUUCUGUGCCGUGUGUCUCAAUGGUGGGGAGCUGCUGUGCUGUGAUCGCUGCCCCAAAGUGUUUCACCUCUCCUGCCAUGUGCCAGCCCUGCUCAGCUUUCCGGGGGGAGAGUGGGUGUGCACCUUGUGCUGCAGCCUGACGCAGCCUGAGAUGGAGUACGACUGCGAGAAUGCCCGCUACACCCAGCCUGGGGUGCGAGCACCUCCUGGCCUGAGCCUAUGCGACCAGAAGAAGUGUGAGAAGCUGGUUCUGUCCUUGUGUUGCAACAGCCUCAGCCUACCCUUCCAUGAACCUGUCAGCCCCCUGGCCCGGCAUUAUUACCAGAUUAUCAAAAGGCCCAUGGAUCUGUCAAUCAUCCGAAGGAAGCUGCAAAAGAAAGACCCAGCUCACUACACCACCCCAGAGGAGGUGGUGUCAGAUGUGCGCCUCAUGUUCUGGAACUGUGCUAAGUUCAAUUAUCCUGACUCGGAGGUCGCAGAGGCUGGCCGCUGCCUGGAGGUGUUCUUUGAGGGCUGGCUGAAGGAGAUCUACCCAGAGAAACGGUUUGCCCAGCCAAGGCUAGAGGACUCAGACUCCGAGGAGCUGUCUAAUGAGAGUGGAUGUUCCACCCCUCAGGGCUUCCCAUGGCCCCCCUACAUGCAGGAAGGCAUCCAGCCCAAGAGGCGGCGACGACACAUGGAAAAUGAAAAAGCAAAGAGGAUGUCUUUCCGCUUGGCGAACAGCAUCUCACAGGUGUGAGAGCUGGAAGGAGACAGAGCACUCUGGUGGCUGGUGUCCCAUUCUGCGGACCAUUCCUCCCCAUCCUUC